CCUACUAACCAACCUACCCACCACCCCUCUCACUCCUCAUCCCAACCACAUCUCAUCGCUCCCUCCCCACCAACCGCGCCACCCAUGGCCGCCGCUCCCGUCUCCGACGCCCCCGCCGCCGCCGCUCACCGCCACGACGACCCUACCCUCCCCCCAUUCGCCUCCUUCUCGCUCUCCCUCUCCCUCCGCACGCCGGCCUCCCCCUCCCCGGCCGCGCUCGCCUCCGUCCCCUCCACCCUCCACCUCCCCACCCAAAUCUCCACCCUCGCCGUCUGCCUCCACCCCUCCGCCUCCGCCUCGGGCUCCCCUUCGUCCCGCCGCUCCGGCCGCCUCAACGCCGCGGCGUCGUCGCUCCUCUCCCCGUUCCCGUCCUCCACGCCGGGCCUCUCCCGCUCCUUCCCCUCCGGGGCGCCCGCCGCCGCCGGGCGCCGCCGCACGCUCGUGUGGUUCCGCGCCGACCUCCGCCUCCACGACCACGAGCCCCUCCACGCCGCGGUCGGGGCGUCGUCCUCGCUGCUCCCGGUCUUCGUCUUCGACCCGCGCGACUUCGGCAAGUCCCCCUCCGGCUUCGACCGCACAGGCCCCUACCGCGCCAACUUCCUGCUGGACUCCGUCGCCGACCUUCGCCGGAGCCUCCGCGCGCGCGGCGGCGACCUGGUGGUGCGGGUGGGAAGGCCCGAGGUGGUGAUUCCUGAGCUCGCGCGGGCAGCGGGAGUUGAGGCCGUGUUUGCGCAUGGGGAGGUGUCGCGAGACGAGUGCCGCGCCGAGGAGAGGGUGAGCAAGGCCGUUGAGAAGGAGGGCGUCGAGGUCAAGUACUUCUGGGGCAGCACGCUGUACCACUUGGACGACCUGCCUUUCCGGCUCGAGGACAUGCCGUCCAACUACGGUGGCUUCAAGGAAGCGGUGAAGGGUUUGGAUGUCAGGAAGGUUCUCGACGCGCCAGAGGAGGUCAAGUGUGUUCCUAUGAAGAACGCGCUUGAGCCUGGUGACAUCCCCACACUUGCCGAGCUCGGUCUCACCGCGCCACCGGCUAUGGCACAGGACUCAAAGCCUGCUGUUGGUUCCACUCUCAUUGGUGGUGAGGUUGAAGCUCUGGAGAGGUUAAAGAAAUUUGCUGCAGAAUGUUGUAUGCAGCCAAACAAAGCAGACAAGGACAACACUCGAGAUAGCAUAUAUGGUGCUAAUUUCUCCUGCAAAAUUUCACCAUGGCUUGCUACAGGUUGCCUCUCACCGCGCUUCAUGUAUGAGGAGUUGAAGAAGCAUGCUUCAAGAGCAAUUCCAUCAGGAUCAACACCCAAGAAUGGUGAUGGCACAGGUGAUGCAGGGACAAAUUGGUUAAUGUUCGAAUUGUUAUGGAGAGAUUUCUUCAGGUUCAUCACAAAGAAGUACAGUUCUGCACAGAAGACCUCUGAUGUUGCUCCUGCCACUGGUUGCACCCCUACCCCAGCGCUUGCAUAAACUAGAUAGUGAAUAUGAGAGGCCUCUGCUGUUUCCCCCCCUUCUGUUUUUGCCAGAUUAUGCAGAUAUCCAAUGGUGUGCGUUUUUUCUGCAAUAAAUGUAACUAGCCCUGAGUAAGCUGCUCCUGCAUUUUGGACCGAUUUGAUCUCAGAAGAUCCUUGUAUCUGUCGACAUUCAUCCGAAGACUAUUCAAUGGCACUGUGACCCAUCCAAGUGCUUGAUUCAGUUUCGUUCA